AUGCAAACAAAUACACCAAACGUUACUAAUGUUCACACUAACAUUAACACUGAACUAAAUAAUCAUAAUCAUAAUAACGAUGAUGACAAUGAUAUUAUUAAUACCAUUAGAAAUGAAAAUAAAUUUUUACAAUCCCUAACGGACCAGGAUAGGUUACUUCCCAUCAAUAAUGUGAGUAAGUUAAUGAAAAGUGUUUUACCCUCAACAGCAAAAGUAUCUAAGGAAGCCAAAGAAUGUGUGCAAGAGUGUGUUUCGGAAUUUAUUUCAUUUGUGACUAGCGAGGCUGGUGAUCGAUGUAUGGAAGAUAAUAGGAAAACUAUAAAUGGAGAAGACAUAUUAAUCUCAUUACAUGCUUUAGGUUUUGAAAAUUAUGCGGAAGUUUUAAAGAUUUAUUUGGCAAAAUAUAGGGAAUAUCAACUUGCAAGAAGCCAACUAACUUAUAAUAGUAGUAAUAAUAGUAGUAAUAAUAGUAGUAAUAAUAGUAAUAAUAAUAAUAGUAAUAAUAAUAAUAACAAUAAUAACAAUAAUAACAAUAAUAACAAUAAUAACAAUAAUAACAAUAAUAACAAUAAUAACAAUAAUAACAAUAAUAACAAUAAUAAUAACGAUGAUGAAAAUGAGGCCCUUCUGUAUCAAAGGCAAAAUUCACAAGAAAAUAUAAUGGUAGAAAAGCAAGAUGAUGAUAUACCGAUGGAUGAAGAAAGUGUAUCUUCGUAUGCUAUAAAUGACGAGACUAUUAAAAGUGUGACAACAAGAAAUUAUGACACAAUACAAAACGCUAACAACCAUCAAAUGAUUCAUUCAGGAAUAGUAAUUGAGAUGAAUGAUGAUGAUGAUGAGGAGGAAGGAAAUGUGAAAAGAGAGCAAGAAGAAGCACCGCCUUUAGAAUAA